AUGGAAGAAGUGCAAAAUUUAGAAAAACCAAAUGAGGUAGAAUUUCGACCAUCUGAAGUUGAGAUAGGAAAACAAGGAAUUUGGUGUAUAAAGAAAAUAAAAGAAGGAACAUUGUUUGGACCAUAUUGUGGUGAAAUUGUUCUUCAUGACAAGCAGGGACUACUUGAUUAUAGAUAUGCUUGGGAGGUAUGGGAUUUAGAGAGUGAUAAAUUAUUAUAUAUUAUAAAUGCUGAUAAGAAGAAUAUUGGUAACUGGAUGAAAUAUGUUAAUUGUGCCAGAUAUUUUGAAGAACAGAAUAUAGUUUCAGUACAAAUUGAUAAUGAAAUUUAUUACAAAGCAAUAAAGGAUAUAGAAAUAGGUGAAGAAUUAUUAACCUGGUUUAAUUUAAUUGAUAAAAAUGAUGAUUCUUUGAUUCUUCCAAUGGAAGAGGAAAAGAAGAAACAUACUAAAAAAAUGCCAUCACCAAAAAAAUCUCCCAAGAAAUCACCCAUGAAAGCUAUCAGUACCCAGACCUCUCCAUCCAAAACCAAAAUUGCCUCUACAUCACCAGCCAAAAGAAAAUCUCCUUCCAAUAUGGAUGCAAGUACAUCAAAUAGUAAAAAGCAAAAGUUUGUUCAAACAAGAAUGAAUUUCAAAAUCAGCAAAAAGCCUCGCGACAAAACUAAGAAAAAUGUGGAAAAUGAAACAGUCUUGAACAAUGUGAAUAGUAACAGUAUGAAUGGAGAAACAACAGAAGAAGUUGCUAAGCAACUCUUAUCAAAAGAUGAUAAAAGAAUAUUCAGGUUUCAUACUCAGAAAAAACACCAUUUUGUCCAAGAUGGAAAAAAGAUGUAUAAAUGUGAGUUGUGUAGUGUGGUUUAUAAAAGACCUUUUAGUUUGAAGCGCCAUUUUUUACGCAGCCAUAUCAACUGUAUGUAUUUAUGUGAAACAGAUGUAACAAAUUGUUGCAUUGAUCUCGAUAAUCAACUAAUGCAAAUUGAAAAUGCUCAAAAUCUCCAAGCCUCAGGUAGUUGUUUAUUUAAUGGUUUGAUCCGAUCUCACACCUCUAGUCCAAUGCAAGAUGAAAAGCUCAUUGAGAGUGACUCUAAACUCAAUAAAAAAGAUUCAAAAACCCAGGAAAUCGAUUCCAGUUUUCCUGGUCUAUAUAAAUGCAAUGACUGUUUCUUUGUGUUUGAUGAUAGUAAGGAUUUAGUAGCUCAUUUCAAAUGCCACGAUUCCAAGAUUGGUACCAAGACUCCUCGAUGCCAAUCUACUGACAAGAAAUAUAAUUCCAAACAGAAGAAAUCACUGACAUUACCAUACUCAUUAAAAGAAUCAUUUGAUUCCUUGUACAUAUCAGAAAUUCCAGAAGGUACCAAGCAUCUCAAGUCUCCUAAAAAGACAUUUGAAAAGUCAUCAAUGAAGACCUCGCCAUCAAAAAGAUUUUCAGCUCUCGAAUCUAAAAAUUUACCACAAGAAAAUGAGACAAGCCCAGUAAGUCCAUCUAGAUUGUCCAAAGUGAAAUCUCCAAACACAGAUAGUAAGGAGGUUGUGAAUGGGAAAGGAAAAUUAACAGUUGCUGCAACUCCUACCAAAAAGUCCUAUCCCAAUUCUAUUAAGCAAGUUAAAAGGUCACCAUCAAAGAGCAAGUCAGGAUCUAUUAAUAACAAAGAAUCACAGUCAACCAAUUCUCCUAUGAAGAGACUACAUUCCUUAAAAUCACCAGGGCGAAGGGAAACUCUUGCCAAGUCAACAUCUCAAAAGAAUACUCCAUCAAAAACCAAAUUCAAAUCACCAGCAAUAGAACCGUCAAUAAAAUCAAGCUUACGUAGCAGAAGUGGAAGUAACUCAAGGUCUCCUCAGAAGAGGGAAGAUAUUGGUGAAAAGAAACAAAAUUUUGGAACACCAAAGAAGAGUCCACUUAAAUCACCUGGCAGAAGGCCCAACUUUUCAUCACCAUUUUCCCCUAAAAGACGUUUUGGCAAUAAAUCACCUCGAAGAUCAUCUUCAAGAAGCCCCAUCAAAAGAAAGGCACGAGGUAGCAAGUAUGUGAAAACUGAAUUCAAGAAAUUUUCCUGUACCAGAUGUAAGGUGAAGUUUUCCCGUAAAGCAAAUUUAGAUAAGCAUCUCAAAGAACACACAGAAAAUAAGACGUGCCCAUGUUAUAUCUGUGGUAAACAGUUCAUGAGUGAAACCAAAAUGAAGCUACAUAUCAGAUACCAUUUUAGUCAAAAUGUCAGGUGUAGACAUUGUGACCUCAAGUUUCCAAAUGUGGGUGCCAUGAGACAACAUUUAACAGAAACACACAAAGACGUCUGGUUAAUCAAUAGUAAAACAACAGAAAACACUGACGAGUCUGGAAAAUCAAAAAAGAAAAGUGGGCAGAGACAUAAAGACAAAAUAAAAGUUGUAUCUGACUUAGAUUUUCGAAGUAAAGAAGCUCUGUCUGAACUACCUAAACCUGUAUCAAUAAUACCAAAAAGUGCCACUAAGAUCUUGUCACCCCCAGCUUCUCAUAAUAAUUUCAAAGUAUUGAGUUCUCCAGUUGCAGUAUCUAAAAAGAAAAAUGCUGGUGCAACAUUGGAUAACAGCCCUGCACCUAAUGGGUACAAAUCUAAAUUGCGUUAUUGCUGCUAUACUUGUAAAAAGCGUUUCAUCAGUUAUUAUGCCUUAGUUCAACACCGACGCACCAAUCACAGAUAUAACAUCUUCUCAGCUCCAUCAAUGUUACUCCACAUGAAGCAGAAAGUAUCUGAAGAGAAGAAUCCUUUAGGAAAUAUGCCAAUUUUGUCACCACCAGUUACACCUGACCCAUACUAUGAGACAGUUCCAGAAAAUGUGUCCAACAAUUGGUCAACUCAUAUUGAUGGCAAAUCUGAGGCCUUGAAAAACUAUCGCAAACACAUCCAAAUCAAGGGCUACAGAUCUAUUCAUACAGUGGCUCAGUAUAAACCAGAAGUUUUCAAUUGGUCAUGUUAUAACUUUCCAUUUCAUUAUGAACCAUAUGAGAGUGUGAUUGGUUACAAUAACUACAAACCACAACCAAUAAUAGCUGAGGAUCUCAGCUUAAAUAACAGUAUUAUGGAUUCUCUGCAUAAUAAGGUGAACUUUACACCAUUAAAAUUAGACAUAUCAUCAGCUGAAGCCGCUCCUAUCUUACCUUGUAUGACAAGUCCAUUGGGACAAAAUCAGCAAAGAAGAUUUUCAAAUGAUAGUGACUCCAAAAGCAUGCCAUCUCUUUCUCCAACCUGCCAGAACACCAAGUUCUUCAGUGAUGUGACUGAAUCUAAUGGUAUUCGAAGGGACAGAUAUUCGGAUACCUGCACAGAUGAUUCAAAAUCUUGUCCAUCAUCAUCAGGGAUGGUGACAGAUGAACAUUCUGCAGUUAAGUCCAACGGAGAUCAAAGUGCCUUCAAUAAAACUAGUGUAAAAGACAUUGAGAAUGAAUCAUUUGUGCCUACUCUUCAGUAUCUAAACCUAGUGAAAAUGUCAGAUAAAGAGACAAUAGAAAGUGCUAUACAAGCUGCCAGUAGGACCACUCCCGCCCAAAGUUAUCAGAGAGACUUCAGUGACAGAUUGAAAACACAGAGUUGGGAAGGGUAUUACAGUGAUAUUGAAUUUGGCAAACUGGGCGACAUAGUUAAUGUAUGUUCUGUAUGCUAUAAAUAUUUUGAUUCUGAAGAGACCUUAGUGCGGCAUCAGUGGACAAGACAUUCAUCCAUGAACUGUCGCCAUCUUCAAAUGGAAAAGGGACACGAUAUUGAUAAUCUGUUUUAUCCAUGGCCACGAAAUGAAGGAAUGGUAGCAUCAUCUACACCUGUUCCUGAAGACUGCCACACACUGGACUCCUAUAAAUGUAGCUACUGUAAGAGCGGUUUCAAGAAUAUUAACCGUUUGCAUGUCCAUAUUAUAUCUUGUGAUCCUAAGAAACUUUAUUAUGUUGAAAAAAUGUCUGUGAAAGAGAGAAGGAAACAGGAAGCAAAAGAAAGGAAAGCAACUACUCAAAAUAUUGAUACUACAAAAAAGAAAUCCGCAGCAUCAGAAAUGAAGAUGAAAUUGGAUAAGAGACGCAAGAAGGAAAAACUGAAAAAGCUUAUUCGUGAAAAGCAGACUGCGGUGUUUCCAGCUAACAAUAAACUCCCAAUUAAUGUUAAUAAAACUCAACAGGGUCUGUCCCCUCGAUCAUUGAGGGAGGUUAGACGAAAUGAGAUGGACCUGUUAUCAAAUAGUGACAGCAGGGUAACCAGGCAGAGGAAACGCAAGAAUUAUGAACUUCUUUAUGUUCCAAAGAAUCAUGUCAGAAGGAGAACAGCAACUAAAGUGGUAGAAACACAUCAAUGCAGUGGUUGCUCUUCAAAAUUCCGUACAUUAUUUCUCUUAGAAAGACAUGCCAGAAAAUGUAGUGAAAAGGACAAACUCUUAUUUGAUGCUUCAAUUGAAGAUCAUGAUACAAAUGUGAAUUCAAAAACACAGGCCUGUGAAUUUUGCAAAAAGAAAUUCACUUAUGUUAAAAGUUUAGCAAAUCACUAUAAUAACUUUUGUCCUGUGAAAAAGCAAAAAUUGGCCAGUGAAGAAAUUGAGGAGGCCACAGUGAUUGAAAGUGAAUUUAAAUCUGAAACGACACAAGAUGAUGUUGAUGAUGAAGGAGAUGCUGACGAUCUUUCUGAAGAACCGACUAAAAGACGCUGUGGAUGGCCGAAAGGAUUGAAAAGAAAGAAUAGGCGUAAGAAUCAUUCAUGGACAAUAACAAAAAGGAAGAAAACUAGUUCGGAUGAAUCGGAUAUGGACAAAAACAACCACAAAGAGGCUCACAAAGGAGAAGACAAGAUUGAAAAAGAUUCCAUUCAGGACGAUGUUGAACAGGAUUCAAACGAUUCAACUAACAUCCUGCCCGGUGACACUAGUGCAGAUGAUGAACCCUCACCCAAAGAGAAGCGGAAAGAGGUUACUGAGGACUCAUCAACUAAUGUACAGAAUGGCCUGACAAUAAAAGAGUCUGCCGCGACAAUGGACAUUAUUAAAGAUAAAGAAAUGUCUGCUAACAGCUGUGUACAAAUCGAUACUAAACCUGACAACGAAAGUUAUAUUGCAUGUUCUGAAGUAGUACCUGUGUCUGAUGAUCAAACAGAAAUAUCCAUUUCACCAAAGCUAGCGGAUAACUCGAUGAGUCCAGUGUCAGACAACCAUUGUACCGAGAAGAAUCAAGGUCUCCAUACUAAACCAGAUCAAAACAGCACCCAACAUGUUCAAAUAUUACUUCAAUCAUCCAAUACGAAACUCGACGGAAAAGUGGAAGACAGUAAAUCUGAAACUGGAAGUUACGUAGAUCAAAAUCCAGCAGACAUUGCUGACAAUGGAUAUCAUAGUGAUAAUUCAAAUUCUAAUUCUAACUCCAAAAGUACCAAACUAGAAGCAUCAUUGAAAAAUGGACACAUCCUGCUUGAAACGAAAAUAAACUCUGAAUUAGGCAUGUCUUGCCUCAAUGAGAAUACAGAAUUUUCUACUGGAUUUAAAUCCUCUUGUGAAAAUGGACAUUCCUGCACUAGUGAUUUAAACGGUUCAUCUUCCAUAGACAAUACACUCCCUGUUGUGCUGGAGAAUCAAGUGCCUUAUUGCAUUAAGCAAUCGGUAGAAUCAGUUUGUCUUAUUUCAAAGCGCAAUCAAAAAGUUGGAUUAUUUGAAAACAACAAACCAAGUUUGAACUCAACUGAUUCUUCUGUGUUUUAUGAAAAUGGGAUCAACUCUCAUGAAUCCAUAGAAAAUCCUCGUAAAGAAUUGAAUAACACACUUGUCCCUUAUCAAAACGGUGAUGAGAAUUCAGAAAUGUCUAAUGAAAGUGAUCUUAUGAAUGAAUCAGAUCAAAAUGGAUUCUACAGUGCGGACACAGAAACUGAUACAGACAUAGUUUGUUAUAAUGGUGAUACUGAUUCUGAAGAAAGUGUUUUAUCAAAAAUCAUCAAUACAGAACCAGAAUGUAAGCUUGACGGUAGCAAUAUCAGUCCAAUAAGCUAA